GGUAAAAAUGUCUUUAAACAAAAAACUAGGUUUCUGUUGCUGGAAUAAAGAAGGUAGACUAAUUAUCUGAACAUUGCAGUUUUGGUGCCUGCUUCAUAUUUCACCUUUUAAAAUGAACCUUUCCCCCCUCCUUCCUUCUUGUUACAGGUUGCUAUGGGAAUCUUAUGAUAAUCUGAGAGGAAGUAAGUCCUGAUAAUAUUGCAGUUAUUCAUGAUGUGCCUGGAGUGAAGAGGAAGGGAAACACUUCAUAUAUCUAAGUGCCAAGGCUUUGCUGUGUCAUGGCUACAGACUCUGGCGAAUCAGCCAGCACAGAAGAAUCAGAGAAACCCGAUGGAGUUUCUUUAGAAUGUAUGAAUCCUUCUGUUGAUGUUACUUUGACCAUGGAGGCCAGGACCAAAGAGGGGCUUAGCACACCUGCUUCUGGGGCAAUUGUAGAAAGAAAAAGGUUUUUCCGAAAAAGUGUGGAGAUAAUGGAGGAUGAAAAGGACUUGGAACUUACUCCACGGAAUGAGCAAGAACAAUUUAUCUUGGGUGAUCAGAGGAUGAUCCAUCUUUCUGCUAGUACACUUGUAGCUGAGCAAGAAGCCAGAAAUGAGCAAAACUCAAAGGCGAUUAUGGAAGCCACGAAGGAAAGGAUGAAGAAGGAGAUAGAAGAAGAGGCAGAGAUGAAGGCUGUGGCUACAUCACCUGGUGGAAGAUUUCUGAAAUUUGACAUUGAGUUGGGAAGAGGAGCUUUCAAAACUGUCUUCAAGGGUCUGGACACAGAAACCUGGGUAGAAGUUGCUUGGUGUGAACUGCAGGACAGGAAGCUGACCAAAGCAGAACAGCAGAGGUUUAAAGAAGAAGCUGAAAUGCUGAAGGGGCUACAACACCCCAACAUUGUCCGAUUUUAUGAUUCUUGGGAAUCAACGGUUAAGGGAAAGAAGUGUAUUGUAUUGGUAACUGAACUGAUGACAUCUGGAACACUGAAAACGUAUUUAAAGCGUUUCAAACUCAUGAAGCCAAAGGUGUUGAGGAGCUGGUGCCGACAGAUUUUAAAAGGGCUACAUUUUCUGCACACAAGGACUCCUCCUAUCAUCCAUCGUGAUUUGAAAUGUGACAAUAUCUUCAUCACAGGACCUACUGGUUCAGUGAAGAUAGGGGACUUGGGACUCGCUACCUUAAUGCGCACUUCAUUUGCGAAGAGUGUUAUUGGAACUCCUGAAUUCAUGGCUCCUGAGAUGUAUGAAGAACAUUAUGAUGAGUCAGUGGAUGUCUAUGCUUUUGGAAUGUGCAUGUUAGAGAUGGCAACUUCUGAAUACCCAUAUUCUGAAUGUCAGAAUGCAGCCCAGAUCUACAGAAAAGUAACCAGUGGCAUUAAACCUGCUAGUUUUAAUAAGGUGACAGACCCAGAAGUAAAAGAGAUCAUUGAAUGUUGCAUUCAGCAGAACAAGUCUGAAAGGCUAUCCAUCAAAGACCUCUUGAACCAUGCUUUCUUUGCGGAAGACACGGGACUCAGAGUGGAGCUGGCAGAGGAAGAAGAGGAUGGGAUGCAUUCCUCUUUGGCUUUGAGACUUUGGGUGGAAGAUCCCAAGAAGCUGAAAGGGAAGCACAAAGACAACGAAGCAAUAGAGUUCAGUUUCAACGUGGAAACAGAUAUCCCGGAGGAAGUGGCUUGCGAAAUGGUGAAGUCGGGAUUCUUCCAUGAAAGCGAUUCCAAAGCUGUGGCUAAAUCCAUUCGUGAUCGUGUCACCCUAAUCAAGAAGACUCGGGAGCAAAAGCAGGUUGGCAACCUGGAAGAAAGAAGGGACUCUCAGAGUCAGCUCCCAAGUGGACUGCCAUUACUUCAGCCACAAGGCUCAUCAUUCACCCCACCUUCUCAGCAAAGCAAGGCCGAGUGUGAGGAAACGGAGGUUGAUCAACAUGCCAGGCAACACAUCCUCCAACAAAUGCAGCACAGCUUUUCCCUCACUGCUGACAACUUGUCUGAGACAGGAUCAGGAUCAGUUAUACUGUCAGAUGCCUCUAGCCAACAUAAUCUGGCAUUUUCCUCGGAACACAUGAUGGGUACUCAACAAGUUCCCAAUCUCUCACAAACUGAAAAUAGCACUGUUCAAGGGCACAUUUAUACUUCUCAACAACUGAUGGGGCAUUAUCAGUCCAAUGCAGGGGUGCAGCCGGCCUUGCCAACAAAUAUGGCUCAUCCCGGUGUUUUACCAUUAAUCCAGAGUCAGCCUUCUGGUCUACCUACUCACAAUUUGGCACUUCCUGCAACUCUCCAAGCCCAAACCUCUCCUCUUGCAGCUCAACAAUUCCCAUCAAGGAUGCCUCCAGAUUCACAGGUAUCCUACAGUACAGAAAAUCAGGCUUUGGAUGGAUCCAUCAUGGGAGUUCCUCAGCAGAUGUUGACAAUAACUUCUCCUCAGAAUAUACCUGCCUCACAAGUGGGGAAUCAACACAUGCCAACAAGCAUACAGUUAACCUCUGCUGCUAGACUUGGUAGUCAGGCUACAGCUGCUGUGGGAUCAGUGGAAUUAGAGACUGCUCCUGCCAAUUUGGUAUCUGCCAGUCAGUCCCCUGUGCUACAUGGGCAGCCUUCGGUUCAGUUUGUCAACAACAUGCAAGUUCUUCAGUCAGUUCCACAAGGAGUUAGACUUAUUCAACAACCCAAGCAAGUUUCACAACAGGUGCCAUCAACACAGCAACCACAGCAAGUUUCUGAACAGAUGGCAUCUAUGCAGCCAAGCCAGCAAAUAGUUCCACAGAUGACAUCUUCACAGCAGGUUCCUCAGCAAAUUGCAGCUAUGCAGCAGAUUCCCCAGAAACUAAUGGCUGUGCAGCAGUCUCAGCAGGUAGCAUCUAUGCAGCCACCUCAACAAGGGGUGUCCUUGCAGCAACCACAGCAAAUUCACCAGCAAGGGAUGCCUAUGCAGCAGUCUCAGCAAGUUCCUCAACAAGCGACAUCUAUACAGCAAAGCCAAACUGUUCCACAUGUAGCUUCUGCUCAGCAGAUUCUGGAGCAGCCUCAGAAAAUUUCCCAACAGGCAGCAGCCAUACACCAGCCUCCACAAGUUCCUCAGCAGAUUCUCCAACAAGUGGCAUCAGUGCAGCAGCACCCUCAGCAGAAUCCUCAACAAGUAACAUCCACACCGCAGCCCCAUUUUAUUCCUCAGCAGGUUCCUCAACAAGUAACAUCCACACCGCAGCCCCAUGUUAUUCCUCAGCAGGUCCCACAACAAGUGACAUCCAUACAGCAGCCACACCAUAUCCCUCAGCACGUUCAACAGCAGGUGACACCUUUACAGCAAUCACAACAAAGUCCUCAACAGGCAGCAGCCAUACAACAACCUCAACAGGUUCCACAGCAGGUGACACUCAUUCAACAGCAGCACAUUAUACAGCAGGUGACACCCAUACAGCAGCCACAACAAGGUCCUCCACAGGCAGCAUCUAUACAGCAGCCACAGCAUAUUCUUCAGCAAGUUCCACAGCAGAUGAAACCCGUACAGCAACAGCAACAACAGCAACAACCAGGUCCUCAACAGGAGGCAUCUAUACAACAGCCACAGCAUAUUUUUCAGCACCUUUCACAACAGGUGACACCCAUUCAGCAGCCACAAGGUCCUCAGCAGGCAGCAUCCAUACAGCAACUACAGCAUAUUCCUCAACAGGUGACACCCAUACAGCAGCCACAACAAAGUCCUCAGCAGGUUCCACAGCAGGUGACUCCUAUGCAGCAACCACAACAAGGAUCUCAACAGGCCGUAUCCAUACAGCAGUCACAGCACAUUCCUCAGCAGGCUUCACAGCAGGUGGCACCCAUACAGCAACCACAAGUAUCUCAACAGGCAGCAUCCACACAGCAACUACAGCAUAUUCCACAGCAGGUCCCUCAGCAGGUAACAUCCAUGCAGCACCCACAACAUAUUCCUCAGCAGGUCCCACAACAGAUGACACCCAUACAGCAGCCACAACAGGGAUCUCAGCAGGUAGCAUCCAUACAGCAACCACACCAUAUUCCCCAGCAGGUGACACCCAUACAACAGCAACAGCUUAUUUCACAACAGGUGAUACCUAUGCAGCAGCCACAACAAAGCCCUCAGCAGGUGGCCUCCAUACAACAGUCACAGCAUAUUCUUCAUAUUCCGCAGCAGAUGACACCCGUACAGCAACCACAGCAGGUUCCUCAACAGGCAACAACCAUGCAGCAGUCACAGCAAAUGGCAACUGUUCAGGCACAACAAGUGUCAUCUAUACAGCAGCCACAGCAAGUUCCACAGCAGAUGAUAUCAAUACAGCAGCCACAGCAAGGACACCCACAAGUUCCACAACAGGUGGCAUCCAUGACUCAGCCCCAGCAUGCUCCUCAGCAAGUUCUCCAGAAGGGGACAUCAAUGCAAAUGGCACCAGGGCUGCAAUCUAAGCAAGUUACCAGUCAGCAAAUUGGAUCCCUGCAGAUUCCACAGCAGGUAGCCUCCAUGCAGCAAGUUACACAGCGUGGGGCCUCCUCACAGCAACCUCAGCUGGUUCCCCAACAGGUGGCAUGUGGGCAGUCAACUUCACAAUCUCAACAUAUUGUACCCUUACAUCAGGUCUCCGCUGUACCACAACAAGUGACACUUAUGCAGCAGGUUUCACAGUGCCAAGAAAUAUCCCUAGAUACUUCGGGGCCUCAACAAGAGCAACAAAUGACUCAGACACACCAUUCUACAAAUCAGCAUCCUUGUGUCAUGCAACAUACGUUAUUUCAUGUGCCUCCACAACAACAGAAAGAAGAGCAGUUUGUUCUCCCUUCUAAUUCCAAAGAUCAGUUGCCAGCUGUCUCCCAGCAAGACAUGGAAAAGCAUCAGCAAUCUGAAUUCUCAGGUUCAACUUCAGAAAAGGUGGCUUAUCCCAUCCAGACCCAGUAUCAGCUGCAAAUCCAGGAACACAUGAUAUAUCCAGCACAAUCCCCACACAACCCACCAGUUUCAGAGCAGCUGCAGCAUCAGCUAGAGCCAACUAACCAGAUGCAGAGUCCAGAGCAAGCAGCAUGUCAGAUGCAUGUCACUUACGCAGCACAGGGUUCAAAUCAGGCCCCUUGCCCAGAGCCAUUGGUUUAUUCAGCUUCUGGAGUAUAUUCAGGUCAUUCUUUGGACCAGUCAGCAUAUGUUUAUCAAGGGCAGGCAGCAUAUAUAACUCAACCAACGUAUAUGGCUCAACCUCCAGAGAUCCAGCAAGCUCAUUUAGCAGUACGGAAUACUGAUCAGCCAAGUUUUGCUGUGCAUUCACCUGAUCAGUCAUUACACCUAUUGAAGGAUGGAGAUGCUGGCAACAUGGAAUUGCAGAUCUGUUCAACACAAUCCACAAAAACCCAUGCUUAUCCAUCUGAGCCACAUCUGCCUGAGCCAACAAUAUAUCUUAUUCAGCAAGAUUCUGGCAUGAGCCACCAGGAGCUGCACCCACCACACCUGGCACAUAAAAUUGCAGAAGGACAACAGUCAGGGCCACAGGCACCUUUUGCCUCGUCUCAGCCAUCUUUCACACCACAAAUGCAACCACAACCUCCUUAUCAGGAGUUUAGCCAGCAACCUAUUACUCAGCCGCACAAAGCCACUAUCCCUCAGUCUGCCUUUGAUACAUUACAGACUGUAACUUCUGUAUCAGAACAGCCAGAACAAGCUUAUACAAUGCAACAAUCUUUGGAUGUGUCAGGACUGUUGAAUCAUGCUCCUCUCCUCCAACAGUCUCAAACAUUUCAACCAAUUGACAAUAACCAACAGUUUAUUCCUCCACCAGUACAACCAGCAUACAUUCAACAGCAGUCAGUAUGUCAGAACUCAGUUUUAUCUGUAGACUUGAUUGUCCAGGAGCAGAUGCCUUUUAAGAAUUCUAUGGCAGCUUCUUUGAACCAGCAAGCAGCAUUUACUGCUGUGAAUGAACCAAACCAAGAGUAUCAUCAAGGACAAGACAUUCCACAGGUUUCCAUCUCAGUAUCAGAUGAACAUGAGCAUCAGCUAGCAGUUCAAAAACAAGAGUCUAUUCAAGGCUUGGUACAGGACCUUCCCAAGGAAGGUGUGACUGGCUGUGACCUUCCAUGUGGAAAUGGCAAACAAGACAAGAGCAAACAGAGAAGGACCUCCUGUGCCCGGUCAGAGAAGGGAACCAAAUUUCAACUCACCGUGCUGCAGGUAUCAACAUCUGGAGACAAUACUGUUGAGUGCCAACUUGAAACGCAUAACAACAAGAUGGUUACAUUUAAAUUCGAUGUUGAUGGAGAUGCUCCAGAGGAUAUAGCUGAUUACAUGGUUGAAGAUAAUUUUGUUUUGGAAAAUGAGAAGGAUAAAUUUGUUGAUGAACUGAGAGCUAUUGUUUGCCAGGCUCAAGACAUCAUUUCUAGUCUUCCUAUUGAAGAACGAGCCGCUGGCAUGGAAUCAUCUGCUGAUCCGAAUAACUGCCAAACAGGAUCUUCUGAACAAGUUCAGAUAAAUCCAGCAUCUACUCAAAGUGGCAGCGAUGCUGCUCCCCAGUCAUCCCCUGUUGGCCGCUGGAGGUUUUGCAUCAACCAAACAAUAAAGAACAGAGAAACCCAGGCGUCUUGUACCCCAGUACAGUCAAUGAAAACUGUUGAAGGAUGUCAGACAACAGAUUGUAUAAAGGAAAGUACAAAAGAAGAGAGACCCAAAGAUUGUUCACAACCUGUGGACAAUCUUAGUAACCAACAUAAGCCUAGUCCUUCUUUCAGCUCAGAGGAUUUGACAAGUGACAGUGUGAUAUCUGAACCCCAAAUUUUGGAACCUGAACAUUCAGCUCUUUCUCAUGAAGCAGAAGGCAGCAUGGAUAAAUUACCAUCUGCCUCUACAAGUGACAAUACUGAUGUUACUACUUACGAUUCAGAGGCUUGGCUGGACCCUUUGCCAGCAGAGACUCAGUCUAAUGGAGCUCCCCUAUCUUCAUAUGUAUCUCAUCCAGCAUCUGUUGUGAAUGAGUUGAAUUUGUUCACAGAAGCCUUUGAAUCCACACCAAUGAUCACCGAGGAAGCAGAACAUGUAAUAAAUGCUGAGCAAACAGCCGCUUCGGCGCAUACUCCGAGUCAGGAAGGAAUUUCCUCCACAUCCAUUCUAGAAUCAGACAGUGAGGGGCCCCCUAAGAUAGAUUUUGUUGACAGCAAUAUCAAAACUCUGGAUGAAAAGCUGCGGACACUUCUGUAUCAGGAGCACAGCUUGUCAGGCACUUCUCCUGAGAGCCAAAAAGACACACAGAGCGCAGUGGAGUCUCCAUUUUCCUCAUCUGCUGAAGAUACUUUUCCCUGCCCGGGACAUGAAACACAGGACACUAAUUCCCCGCAAGAGACUGAACCCCAAGCUGCACUCAUUCCAUCUGGAAGUCAUCCUGAUAGCUUGCCAGUGAUGAGGCAAGAGGCCAGGGUUAUUACCUCUGUUCCCAGGGAUUUCUGCAGACAUGAGAUGUCCUUGGAGACUUCAUUUCCUGAGAAUCCCGUGGCUUGUCCUGCUUCAGAACCAAGUGGUGGAGCUGUGAACCUUCAUGCAGGAGGUGGAUAUUUUGGCCUAAGCUUUACUUGCCCUAGUCUCAAAAACCCUAUUAGCAAGAAAUCCUGGACUCGCAAAUUAAAAAGCUGGGCAUACAGGCUACGGCAGACCAGCUUUUUCAAGAGAUCAAAAGUCCGGCAAGAGGAGAUGACUGCUGAUGUUGCUUCUGACUGGAUUUCUCUUUCUGAGCAAGCAACCAGAGAUAAUAAAAUAUCUGGUCAUUCUAAAUCUGGAGCUGGAUCAUUCCAGCGAGGCAGAUUUCAGGUCAUCACAGUUCCACAACAGUUGUCCUCAGGUAUUUCAGAAAGUGAACUCUCUGAAAUGUCUCCUUCCUUGGAGCUUGGAACAGAAGAAGGCUGUCUCAGAGGAACAGAAAUGGCUAUCAUUCCCAGUGCCAUGGGGGAAACAGAUGCAUGUUGCACCACCUCUGAACAACCAGAAGUGGAGGAGACCUCUGCAACUGCAAGCAGCAUGCAGUCCUGCUCAGAGCCAUGGUCUAAAGGUGAUGUGAUCCAGAAGCAGCCUAGCUCUGACAGUGAACUUUCUGCACCCAUGGGUGGUGGCAGCCUAGAAGGCUGGGAGUCAAACCAGCAGUCUCAAGAGGAAAGGGGCGGCACCUACCCAAAGAGGCGUAGUUCUCUUUUUUAUUCAGCAUCUUCUCCAAUGAGCAGUGAUGAUGAAUCUGAAAUUGAAGAUGAGGACCUGAAAUUGGAGCUACAGCGUUUGCGGGAAAAGCACAUCCAGGAAGUAGUCAGUCUGCAAGCUCAACAGAACAGGGAGUUGCAGGAGCUAUAUGAACGUCUCCGCUCCAUCAAAGAUAGCAGGUCAGAAUCCUCUGACAUCUCCCUGCAACUGUCAUCCCCACGGCGGCCUAAAUCUUUCAAAAGCAAGCUGCGCAGCCGGCCACAAUCUCACUCUCAUGUCGACAAUGGCAUUGUUGCUGCUGAAUGCUGUUGUGCAACCACUGCUGCCUCUGUGAUUGAUUAUCAGUUGAGCAUUCAAGCCCAUUUGCUGCAUCAAAGCUGUUCACAAGCAGAAACUAACCAAGAACAACUCUGCAUCGUGAGUAGCACUGCCUCUUGUCAGCAGACAACAGCCAGUAAAAAAGGAAUGUUCACGGAUGAUUUGCAUAAACUAGUGGAUGACUGGACUAAAGAAAAGGUGGGAAAUUCCCUUAUCAAGCCAAGCCUCAAUCAAAUCAAACAGAACAAGCACCGGCUGGAUACUGACAGCUGGAGCAAAGUAUAUGAGGUGUUCCAGAGCCUGGAGGACCAUCAUCAGGAAGUCGUAUCUUUCUUUCGGGAGAAUGGCUUUCAUGGACUAAUUGCCCAUGACUCGGAAUAUGCUCUCUGCAACAUCCCCUCCUACUAUAGUUCCCAUGCCCUGAAGCUGAGCUGGAAUGGCAAAAACCUCACCACUAACCAGUUCCUCAUGCAAGAGGUGGCCAAGCAGCUGGGUCUCAAGCUGAGCAGUUUUCCUAUAUUUGCUGCCUUGCUGGGGAACCACAUUCUUCCAGAUGAGGACCUGGCCGCCUUCCAUUGGAGUCUUCUUGGACCGGACCACCCGCUUGCUUCACUUAAGGUACGUGCCCACCAGUUGGUCCUUCCACCCUGUGAUGUAGUCAUCAAGGCUGUAUCUGAAUACGUUGGUGCCAUCAAAAGUCCCUCUGGCCUGGAUAUAAUAGGGAGAGAUGUCUUCAAACACUCCCAGUCCAGGACUGAAGAUAAAAUAGAACGCUUCAAGAAAGCAGUAGAAUAUUAUUCAGUGGCCAUGAAAGCACCUCCUACACCAGCCGGCCAGUCCCCGUAUGUUCUCCCGGCAUUUGGGCCUAAUCACUUUGGAGGGCCACCACCUCUGAAUCGCAAUCCAAUGGUAUCACUUCCUUCUGGGAAGGCUAUGUUUGCACCCCAAAUGGGGCCAAAGAUGCAGUACCAGCCACCUGGUCCACAUGGUGGCAUUGCUGCCCCCUCGUCUUUUCUUCCGGGUCCUGGUUCCAGUUUUCUCUUCUCACCUCAUGGCCUGGCGGAUGCAAUGCCCUUCCAUGAAGAUCCUGCCUUGAAGGCUGGUCACUUCAACAACUGGCCGGUAUCAUAUGAUAACUGUCCCGCCAAGUUUCCUAACCAUCACCUGGGUCCCAAAGCUUCCCCAUCAUCUGGGCCUGGAUCUUCACCCUCUUCCUCUUCUGAUGGAGAAGAGCACAACGGAGCAAAUUCCAACCAUGUUUCUGAAACUGUGUCUCGCAAGUCUGGCUGGGAGGAUCCUGCGGGUGAAAAGAUAAUGAAUCAAGGCUGGGGACAAUCACCUGGGAACACUGGCAACUCAGAAAGGACCUUGAGCGGACCUGAAGCCCACAUCCCUUCAUUGCUGUCUAUGGCAACCCGCAACCACAUGGACAUAACCACCCCGCCUUUGCCUCCUAUUGCUCCAGAAGUACUUCGAGUGGCUGAACAUAGGCAUCGACGGGGACUUAUGUACCCUUUCAUCUACCACGUCCUUACCAAGGGUGAGAUCAAAGUCCCUGUGUGCAUUGAAGAUGAAUGUAACACUGAACUGCCGCCUGCAGUUGUUCUUUUCCGGGCCUCGCGGCAGUAUGUAUAUGGUGUCCUCUUCAGUGUGGCUGAGACACAACGGCGGAUGGAACGCCUGGCUGUGCGCAAGCGCAUUCCCGUGGAAACUCAUCCUGUUAUCGUCAAGGAAUGGUCAGCGUACAAAGGGAAGUCACCUCAGACUCCAGAGUUGGUCUCAGCUCUUGCUUUUCGGGAGUGGACUUGUCCCAACCUCAAGAAGCUCUGGCUGGGCAAAGCAGUGGAAGACAAGAACCGGCGUAUGAGAGCAUUUCUGGCUUGUAUGAAAUCAGACACCCCCGGCAUGCUCAACCCUGCCAAUGUACCCACACACCUACUGCUCAUGUGUUGUGUAUUACGAUACAUGAUACAGUGGCCUGGAGGCCGGAUCCUCCACAGACAUGAAUUGGAUGCUUUCUUGGCCCAGGCUGUGUCUGCUCAGCUAUAUGAACCAGAUCAGCUUCAAGAAUUGAAGAUUGAGAAACUGGAUCCCCGAGGAGUUCAGUUGGCUGCUCUGUUUAUGAGUGGAGUGGACACGGCCCUCUUUGCCAAUGAUGCUUGUGGGCAGCCUGUGCCCUGGGAGCAUUGCUGCCCGUGGAUCUACUUUGAUGGGAAACUCUUUCAAAGCAAACUGAUCAAAGCUAUACGAGAGAAGGCACCUCUGAUAGACCUCUGUGAUGGCCAGACCGAGCAGGUGUCUAAAGUAGAGAAGAUGAGGCAGAGUAUUCUGGAAGGCAUCAACUUCAAUCGCCAGGCUCCUCCACCUCUUCUCCCACCUCCACCCUUUGUGCCCUCUAUGGCAGCACCUUUUUAUCCAGUGCCUCUUUACCCUCGCACUAUUGGAUCAAUGCAACCAGCAGCCCCUGGGAGGACAAGAGGCUUCACAGGACUUCAUCCAAUCCCACCGCAAGGAGGCAAAUUGGAAAUUGCUGGGAUGGUGGUGGGGCAGUGGGCUGGGAGCAAACCUUCUCGGGGACAGGGCUCCUUUGGCAUGCAGGUGGUAUCAGUUGGAGGCCCAGGGAAAGGCCGUGGCCGUGAUGGCCCUGGAAAAAUUCCCAAAGGAAACAAGAAAGUAAACAAGCAAAACUUGACUGAUGGAACUGCAAAGACGUCCGAGUUCGGCAGCAACAGCAGCAGCAGCUGCAGCCGACCCCAGUCCCAGUUGAAUGGAGAUGGAGGCCCCCCCUCUAGAGCCAACGAAGAUCCCACUGUUGGAGCAUGUCCUUCAGCCGCAUCACCUUGUGCCUUAGCAAGAGACACUGACUCAUGCAAUAACAAAAGCCCCUUUUUCGGGACGCUGGGUGGGGACUCUGAACGGUGCCCGGAGAACAAACUUCCCUUCCCAGCUCUGCAGAAAGAGGAGUGAAUAGAUGCCGCUGUGGGUCCAAUUGGCUGGCAAAUGGGGGGUGGGGUGGGGUGGGAUGACGAGAGAAGGUUUUGACCUGCCAAGGAUAGGAUGGGGAAAUUCAGCCCUUCAACAUGCUGGCUAGAAUGUAAAUGCAAUCAAGUGCUGGAAUGGAAUUAUUAGCUAGGCAGGGCAGGGACAGGAAGAUUGCUGUCUUGAUAGCUCACAUUACAACAUUGGGCUAAUUAAUCAAAUUGCUCCACUUACAGCAGAUAUAAUACUGUGAGGUCAAGCAGCCUGCUGGGACUCUUGCCCCUGCUUUGGAGGAUAACAUCAGCCUUUUUGCAUUCUGCCCCUCAAAUUUGCCACUGUGCCAAUCGGAUCCAGAAAGGCGGCAAUUUUUUAAGUUUAUUUGAAUUUAUUUUUGUUUUUUAAUUUUAUAGGGGGAAGACUUUUUAGGGUGCGAGAAUUAUGAAUUCUGGAUUUUGGGAAGGGGGAUAUUUUUAAAGGAAGAAAAAGCCAGGAAGGUUUUACUUUAAAAUGGGGCAGAUUUUUCCUGCCUGCCUUGUUUAAUUUCUUGCCAACUCCCCCACCAUCAGGCCAAAUAGCAGUAUUGCUUUGAGAGAUGGUGAUGUUGGUAUGAAUUAAGGGAUGUGUAUGAGAGACAGUGAUUUUUAAGAGAGAAAGAGUAGUACCACCACUGCAAAUUAUACACAAGAUGCAUAUAGCAGUUGGCGUGUGCUUUUUAUUAUAUAUGAAAGAGAGAGAGAGAGAUUAUAUUUAUAUAUAACAAGAAUAGAGCUAUAUAUAAAUAUGAAUGCUACAAGCCCGGAAGGGGUAAAAAUGUUCCCGGGAGACAACUUGCGUUCCAAAGCGCUACGCGUUUAAUGAAUUAAAGGUCUGCUUCGCCAGUUGCCAGCAAUUAGGUCCUAUCCUCAGGUUGCGGCAGUAGAUGAAGCAGGCCUCCUGAUACCAGACAGAACACUUCUUAUCCUUAAACAGACAAGCACUUACUGUUACAAUUCCAAGACUGUGAACAAAUGGCUGGAGAUAGCUGGGGCUAUAAAAAUGUGGGGGUGGAUAGCCAUCUAAACGGGGAAGUCAUGGGAUGAGGCUGCAGAGAUAUCAAUCUUACCCAGAAACUGGAUGGGUGGGUGGGAUUAUAGCUCUUGUCAUUCAAAGGUGACAUUGGGGUUGUGGGGAGGUUGAUUGCAGUUGCUCAGCUGGUGAUCUUUUAUUCUUCUCUUCCAUGGGAAUCCUACAAGUUCAGUACACAAUCUAGGAUGAAUCGGGCCUUUUAGAAAUCACCCUGCCCACCCCCAGGCUUUGCACAAUCUGCUACCAAUUCUUAUGCUGGUGAUAAUGGGAAAAUUUUUCAAAGACUUUCUGAAAACAGUGGGUCGACGUUUUCAGUAGUGUAGCUAAACUCCAUUGUAUACACAAGUUCCUCUCCCAUUUCCCUAUCCUUUUGGGUUGUCGUAAGUUGAAUUGCACCUAUCCUUGCAGAUGAUCUUGUAGAAUCUGAAAGCCUUGAUUUUUGGAAACUUGGUAUAUUCAUUAGAAAUGUUGUAUACUGAAGCAGAUUUCAAAUGCGGAAUGUUAAUAUAGAGCAGGCAGUACAAUGUUUUUAAAAAUCACAUAAUUUGGGAGAGGAAAUAGAACAGGCUGAACAUUUUGUUGGAAAGAAUUUUUAAACCAGUUUUCCAGCUGCAAUGCAUGUUUCUUUCUAGUUUCUUACAACUUCUAUGACAUGUACCUCAGAUGACUUCAGUAAUCUAAAAUGUGUUUUGAUUUUUAAUUUGUCUUCUGCUAUCAGUAUCCAGUAGGCCAAAUGUUUCCCUUUCUGCUUCCUCCAGCAGAGGGCACAUGAUUAAAUCACUUCGUGGAACAAUGGCUGAUUCCACUUCAAACCAAAAUCAGAAAAGUAUUCUUAAGAGUGCUGAGUAAUUAUAUGAAAUUAAUUGCCACAAGAUAAAUGUUGAUAGCUGUGUCCAUGGAUCCUUUAGUGAGUGAUUAUUGGGCAAUAAGUCAGGAUAACUAAAUUGAAUGUAUGCAAUUUCAAUUACUGCAUAAGAAAAUUAGGAUUGUGUUAAAAAGGGAGGGAGGGUAUUAUCCAGAUUUUUUACAAAUUUAUUUCCCUUAUUUUCUGCAAAUAUAUAAAAGGGUAGUUAAAAUAGAUUUAAAAUCUGAAACAGGGUAUUUUAUUUCUACUGCUGGCUCCAUUCCCUUGAGUUAUUCACCUACCAGAACCCAAAGUAGGAAGUCCUGAUCUUCCUUCUCCCAGUUUAGCUGACAGAUCACUCUCAUCAAAAGAUUUGAACUGUUUGCUUCAGACAAUUUUUGGAAUCUUAUCUGUAACCAGUUGGCUAUUUUUGCUCUGCAGCUGUUGACUCAAACUCAUUGAGAUGGGAAAUUUCUUACAUUGCUCUAAGAGAGGAUCUUUGGAAAUGAUCCAUGGUUUCCAGAAGGGAGAUAGCACCUGAAAAAGAUUGUCCCUUGUGGUCAAGAACUUGACAACAGCCAAAGGAAAGAGUUGAUUUCAACUUUGGGGAAAUAGCUAGAGUAGUCUAAAGAGUGGGAGAGCAUUUUUGUUUGAAAACUAUCAUAGUUGUAGAUGGGGAAUAUGGGAAGUAGACUCUAUUUUAGAAAACAAAGAGCUGCUAUUUAAAGUAGUUUGUGAUACAGAGUUUGAAUAUUAAGAAUAACUUGAUUUUUAAAAAGUAUUUCUGGUAGGUAAAUUUUGGAAAAAUUAGAUGUUUUUUAAUAGUCAAAGCAGUACACUUUUCCGCUGCAAAAACUAGUAAUUCUAAUUGGGUUGACAUUCUAAACAUUGAAAAGAGAAAGUUUUUGUUCUGCUAGGUAAAUUGUGAAGAACUGGCAAAUUGGUGUCUUUUGUGUUCUGAAGUACUCGCUCAAGAGUUAACAAAGAGAAUCAUCUUGUUUAAAGAUAGCAGUACUACUGAGAACCAUACAUUUAGAGAACAUCUUACAAGCUUUCCCCCAAAACAAAAAUAAAAUCUUUUCCUUUUUUAAAAAGAUAUUUCAUAUUACAUCCUGUUGCAGUCCCUAAAUAACAUCUUAAAUGUUCAACUUUCUUUUACAAGAAAGCGUCAAAACCCAGUUGUCCAGUAAGCAAAACAAAUAAAUAAAUCCCAACGUACCAUUUAGAAUACAGUUCUUUUAGCCUUGGUAUCUAGGUAGCAUCCUAUAUCUAGAGUUAUAAUAGCAGAUAUUAAUCCCAAGGUUAUGGACUUCCAGCGUCAAGCAUCGGAUGGCAUUUGGAAGGGACAUGUACGACUCUACUUCUUGCAAGGAAGAUCCAGCAUAAAUAUUUGCAGCUAAUAUCUUUCGCUAAAUGUGGAAUCCGGGUCUGAAUUUUUCUACAAUGGCCUUAAGAUUCAUGCCUUUAUUUCUUUGUUAUGAUAGCAGAAUAAGACAGAACUUUAAAUCACACAUCAAAGAAAUCUACUUGGGGGAAAUCUACUUUUUCUGGUGAUAUCCUAGCCUCAGUUGAAGCAACUAAUUUGAAGAGCUCUCCAUUGUGAAAUGCACUCUAGUCUGGGCCUAACAAGGAAGUGCCCUUCUCUUCCCAGGAUGAAGGAUGGGAAACAAAAAGACUUCCAUGUCACCGCCACAAUAUUUCCUGAUGCAGGUUGUUUAACUCUUCAAUUUGGAAUGGGAUCCCAAGUGAACUUGGAUGAAUAGCUCGACAUCUUCCUUUGUGUCAACUUUAGCUUGACAGUAUUCAUGGAGGCAAGAUUCUAUACCAAGAACAGAAAUGUCUGAGCAGCUAAAUCUUAGCCAGUUCUGACAUCUAAUUCCAGAGCUAGAGAUCUGCUUGCUUAUGUUAGUCAAUUACGCAGAUUUGUUAACGUACAGAUUAUUUGCCACAGUAUCUCACAGUUUAGGGGCAGAUAAGGCUGCCUAGUUUUCUAUCAUCUUCAUUUUCUAACUCUAUUUCCAGUGCUUCAGAAGAGGGAGCUUUUGGGAAUAGGAUCAGGGUUUGAUUGACUAUAUUGUUAAGGUUUAAAAAAACCAUUCUGGUCCAACCCCCAUUUCUGAAGCCCUGCAGAAUCCAUGUGGUUUUAUGGUCUGUCUGGGUUGCAGAAAUUAAUGAGUCUCAGGUGUAAACUAGUUCAUUUUGCAAGUAAUAGAAAAAUAUCAGAGUUCUGAACUGUGGUUCUAUGGAAGCAUGGAACGUGGGAUUGAAUAUAAGUCAUUUUGAUUUUUUUUUAAAAAAAUCCUAAUUGUUCAUAUUAGCAAAGAUAUAUAAAAAUGUACUGGCCUGGGUGAAGUUUCAGAUCUUGAAAAUGAUGCCUAAAUUUAAUUUGGUACAGGUAUCUUUAACAGUUUAGAAAAUGGUUGUGGAGAUAUGUAUUUGAUCAUUUUAUACCCAUGACAAAAUCCAAUGUUUGAAGAUCAAAUUUUACUUAGUUUUGAUCUGGAAUAUGCAGCCUUAAGCCAAGCUAGUAGAAAAUGAAAUUUGAAAUGUUAUUCAAUUUCCCUUGAUAAAAAUUAUCCUGGAUAAUUGUUUUAAACAUGUAGAUAAUUGAGGCAUGAUUUUGUUGUUUACUGUCUGCUGAUCCAAAACAAUAGAAGGUAUCAUGCAGCUUUAAAAUACUCAAUCGAAAUGCAAAGUGCUUCCCUAGGGGCUGUAAAAGGGAAAAUGAAAACAUGCAGUUCAAUGUCCAGUGUUUUUUCAGAGCCAAAGAGAUGGAUAAAAUUACUGAUUUUGUUCUCCUUUCUGGAUCCAAAGAAUCAGCCAUUUCUCCAUCAAUAUAUUUAGAAUUCUGAAUGUAUUUUGAUUUUCACCUCAGUUGGUCAAGGCAUCUUUUACUGGCAUAAGUUAAUGCUUUCACUUAUAUGACCAUUUCUUAAAAAACGUCUCUGAUGUGAUGCCCAUUGCUCCACCAUAUGAGAGCCAGAUGACAUGACCUUCUUAAGUCCACAGUAAAAAAGCAAUAAUUUGGCAGGUUUUUUUAAGCAACAGUGGAUUUGCAUAUGUUGUUGCAAAAAGUUACUGUUUUAAUUAUACUGCAGUUCCCCAAAUCAGGUCAGCCUGGUGUGGUUCCUGUUUGCAGACCUAAAAUAGGAAUAUUUUAUGAUGAAGUCAUUCAAACUGGACAAAGGUUUUGUAAUUAAGCCUUUCUUUGAGAGAAUUAAGCUUAGAAGGGCUCCUCCCCAGCCUAAGUUUUAGGAUAGAGCUGAUUAAUAUCAUUUGGGGUUCUACUUUUGCAGAAUGAGUGUCUUUCUUCUAGGGACCCUUUUCUCUUUUGAUCAGAAUAGCCUGCCCCAGUCCACUGGCUAAGGAAUUUGGAGGUCUAAAAUCUAACACAUGGCUGGGGAGAGAACCAGAUUGAAAAAGGUUGGAUUAGAAUUACAGCAGGAGCGUUGUGCUACAGUGGGUUGUGCUUUGAAAAACAACAGGUAAGAUUUUCAUAUUGUCUUUAUUUGAGGGCAAAAGAAUGCAAAUUCCCUAUCUUUUCCUGAACUAGUAGAUGUAUUUACAGUAGUUACUAAAAAUUUUGAGGGAUCAAAAAUCAAAUGUUAAUACAGGUUACACUGUGCCUUAAAUAGUAAUGUUAAAAUUAAUUCAAAUUGAAACCCCGAAAUGACCAACUUUCAAACCGAUGUUUUUAAAGAACAGUUUCUGACAUUGAGAUCCUCUUGUGAAACCAGAAAUCUAAAGUAUUGCUUUGGAGUUGAGGGAGGGUUCAGAUUUCAAAGAUGCUAAAUUCGUAGCCCUCAAACCCUUGUAUCUGAAUUUAAAAAUCUGGAGUGUUUCAUUUCAAAUAUGUCACUGUAGAUGUUUACCACUGCUGAUUAUUUGGUUAAAAAAAAGAGUGAUUGUAAGUUUAGCCUGUUUGUGAUCUUAGAGAAAUAUGGGAGUAAAAAUCUAAAUAUACAAAGAAGCAUCUAUUUUUUUCUACCCUUGCACUUCUAGAAAGCUGGAAAUUUAGUGCUUGUGCCUGUGAAACUUAGACAUUUUAAAAUAGUAAUGAUAGAUCAGGGCUGUCAAACUUGUGGCCCACGGGCCAGAUGGGUCACAUGUUGCCCAUGCCCGAUUUAGUGAAGGGGGGGGGAGUUCCCAUACGUCACGUGAUGCUGCCAUGAGGAUGUGAAUUUGACACCCAUGGAAUUUUAAUGAAUAUGGAAUUUUAAUGAAAAGGGAGGAAUUUUUUUGUAUCUGUGAAAAAACUGUAUGGAUUACUGGAAACAAAACGGUUGCAAUUAGUUGCCAAUGUCCAGUUCAUUGAGGUUGAUUUCUAGGGCAAUGUUGCAAUUAACUGACCCAAAGGUUUUCUCAAGUAUUUGUGAAACUAGGUCUUUCCUUUUCAUUUAUUUCUGUAACCCUUUUGCCUGGUAUUCCCCAUUUUAGUGCCCUCCAUUUGAGAUGGACUUCAAUUCCCAUAAUCCUUAGAUUAUGGAUAUAGAAUUUAAGCUGUUUUGGAGAGUUCCUUGCUAUGGGAUCCUGGUCUAGAUUCCCUCUAGAACUGGAUCUUUGUGUAGUAUAGAUUGUCAAGUAUUUAUCCCAGUGAAUUAAGGCCCACUUAACUCCACCUAUGUUGUCAUGUUUAUUGUCAUCAAUUGCUGAGUUAGCAUAUUGUGAUGUUGAAAGUUCAUUGAAGUAAUCUGAUGCUUCUUUACCCAUCAUCCAGUGAAUCUUAAAUUACCAAUGUAACAAAAUGUUUUUUCUGAGUUCAGACUGCAUUCUUUAAAACAGGGAUCUCCAACCUUGGCCACUUUAAGCUUGGCUGACUUCAACUGCCAGAAUUCUGGGAAUUGAAGUCCACCAGGCUUAAAGUGGCCAAGGUUGGAGAUCCCUGCUUUAAAAUAUAGAAAGAUAUCUUUUAGGGUAGAUAUAUAAAAUUAAUCUGUUUAAGCUUGCUAUAUUUGGUUGCAGUUCUGAACUUCUAAAGCAUAUUUCAUGAAGUCCAAAAACCUUUGUAAGGAUUUGACCCAUCAGAUCAUAGACAUGGGGUUUUAGCAUGCUUCCUUCAUAAUUUUGUCACCAGGGAGGGAGGGAAAGUUUAAAAGCAACCUGUUGACCAAGAUUGCUUGCCUUUCUCUUAGGAGUCAUCCCAUUCUGAGGCAGUACUGAAAAUUGUGACUCUGUGGCUAGCAAUUCCUAAGCUUUUGCUACCAGUUAACCUGGCUGGAACUCUUAUGAAAAUGGAAUAUUCCAAAUAUACUUUCAAUAUAAUAUAUACUUGAAAAGACUAGGGAGCCUUUUCAGGGAGGGACAGCUUUUAACUUUUUCUGGUGUGGUUUAGAAUUCCACUUUUUCUUGGAUUCAAAAUCAAACAAGUGAACCCUUGGAUCCCUGGGGGAAAAUGAUAAACAUUACAACAGGGACAUGUUUCUUGUGGAGGGGAAUGGGGGUGUCCCAAUCCACAAAUUAUACAUAGAUACACUUGAGCCUGUGAAGAGGACACAGUGCCACUAACUUAAGCCAUUUGGGCCAGAGAACCACCAUUUCCCCCCCCCAUCACUCAACUUCAAAUGUAACUUAGUCAAACCUUAACUGUAGCUACUUGGAUGAAAAGCCCCAUUGUCUUUUCUUCUAAGUAAGCAUGGUUAAGAUUAGGCCACACAAGUCCUACACAAACUACAAUGUGUUCUUUUUUUAUUUUUAAUGUAGUUAGCAGAAUUUUACUACCAAGGUUGAAUCAUUAUAGUAGCUAACUUACAACAUGUACUUUGCUAAAUAUGCAUGUACUGCUAUUUUUAAUUUUUUAUUCUUUCCAUUCUCUCCCCUCCCAAAAAUCUUUUCUGCUUUUUGGUUUUACCUGUGCUGAUUUCUGUUCUGAAGUCCACCUUUAAUGUUUAAAGGAAACCUAAUGAAUACACCUGUUACAAAUCUUUCCAUUUUUAACUGCUAUUUACUGGUCAUUGCUUAAAGUCAGACACUGUUGCUCAUUUUCUAGUUAUUUUUCAGAUUAGAUUUUUGUCCUCGAUUUUGAAAAAUCAAACCUUUCUUCCCACAAGCACCAUAUCUGUCUAUAAUAUUACCCUUUCAGAUGGGAUGUACACCUUUUCUGAUUAUAACCAUUGCUCUUGUAUUUUUGGUAGAUGCUUUGUUGAUAGUAACUAAAUGCCUAGUGAGAUUUUUAAAAGUAAAAACAAACUCAGUUGUUAUUUUAAGCCAGUCUUUUCCCUCAUACUUUCCUUGAGUAACCUUGACAUUGCAUUUUUACCAGAUAUAUAUCUCUCCACAAUUGCCUUUUAAAAAUGUUUAGCCUAAGAUUUUAGCUUAAAAAAAUACAAAUCAAUAAUUUUGCUGAACAGAGUAAAUCUGAUUUUUCUUGUUAGUGAUCCCGUCAAUUGCAAGUUUCAUGCUUUAUUUAUAUGGGAAGUUAAUGAUCAAUACAUUAUUCCCUUCUACCUUUUAAAAAUAUUUCUUUUUAUGCUAAUUAACACCUGUUCUUAGUGGAUGGAUAAAUGUUAUCUUUACUGUCCCCAAUCUUGAUAAUCAAAUUCCUAUCUCCCCAAUCCUUGCACCCCACAACAUACUCCAUAGAUUGUUGGGUUUUUUAAUCAGUGUAAGUUUGGACAGGUUGCUCUAAAUCAGGGGAAAUUUGCAGUAGGUUUGUGAUCAGAAAGCUUGGGUGUCUUUUGGGAAUGUUUUUUGCUGGUGGAAUCUUGGUGCGCUGUUCAUCUGUUGAUGAUGGAGAAAGACUUACAGUGCUUAAUAAAGUCUAUUCU